AUGUACUCUUAUGGCAAUGGAGACCUUGACAGUCAAGUCCAACGCCUCUUUGCCAACGUAGACUAUCAGUUGGAGCAGUGGAACAAGAAGUACGGGUCGAAAAACUUCUGCGUGGCGCCGGACGAAGCCCACUCCGUUGAAAGAAAUACCCAUGCCUCUGAUGCAACCCCCCAAUUGAAUGCGGACCGCAAAUGUCUUGGGUGCAUGCAACGUACAGCGGCACCGAGUUCUACUCAUAAUUAUAACGGCGAAAAUCAGAACUACAAAACUCCUACAAGUUACUCGAAUGAGGAAGCGGGGGUCGACGUGUCUGCACUAGCUGCACGUGUCAGUUUGCUGGAGGAACGGCUGCGUGUGGCCGACAAUGAACGCGUGGAUUUGAGAAAUCGUUUGGACGCCGCACAGCGGCAAAUUUCAGACCUUCUUGAGGCUUAUAGGGCACUCCAAAAUGAGCGGUUUGCAUCUAGGAUGCAAACGUUGUCACAACCGCAGUACGAUGAAGCGCAGGAAACGAAACGGGGUGAUCAUAGCCGUCUUACGGAUGACACGGUGACUCCUACUCGAAAUUUCAGUAGUGUCAUGCACUCGGGACCAUCAAAUUUAACCUCGACCGAGUUUGUGUCUCCCCACGCCGUUUCUAGAGCGCUUGAAUCCCAUGUUAGCGGGGAGGCAUUGAGUGCUGAAAUGUGGACCAGGACACCCUCACAAAAGUCUUCUGCACAGGAACGUAAAAUGUUGCUUGAGCAAUUGGCACGGCGACUUUCCGCUCCCUCGAGUUCAUGA